GCGCAGAAGAGACGGCCAACAUAAAGAUUCAGGAGAGAUAGUCUCACAGGUUGUGAUGAUGUCCGAAGAGGUCAAUAUCCAAGACUGUGAGGAGGCCUCCGAGGCAGAAGAGGGCGACAUUGAGCCUUACCUGGAUGGCGAAAGCGGCACCCAGUUCCUGGAGAGGCUGCAGGAACUGGAGGCUGAGAAUUCAGCUCUGGCUCUGGCCAAUGAGAGCCAGAGAGAGGCUUAUGAGAGGUGUCUGGAUGAGGUGGCGAACCAUGUGGUGCAGGCUCUCCUGAACCAGAAGGACUUGCGAGAGGAGUGCAUUAAGCUGAAGAUGCGAGUGUUUGAGCUGGAGAGGCAGAACCAGACCCUCAGUGAGCUCCUCCACCAGAAACUGCACAGUCACCUGGGCCCCUGCCAACAGGGAGGACCAACUGUGCAACACCGCGCCAAGACUCCGCCCACCGUCUCCGCCAAUCCAGCGGGGUCAGCGUGCCAAACAUCCACAAAGAGCGAUGGGGAGCACACAAGGAAUGGCACAUCAGGAGCCCGUGGCCCCGCGCUGUCCCUGGAUGCCCUGUCCCCGUUCCUGCAGAAGAAAGCACACAUCCUGGAGGUACUGCGCAAGCUGGAGGAGACCGACCCCCUCAAGUUCCAUCCUUCGGCCGGCCUCUCCUCCUACAGCGACUUCAGUCAGGCCCUGUUCUCCGCCGAUACGACCUUCGCCACCGCCAGCUGCCCCCCGCAGCUGAAGGUGUGCUGCCCGCUUUGCCUCCACUCCUGCUCGGACUCCGCCUCACGUGACGGCAAGGGGGAGGGUCUGGGGGCGGGUCCGGGGGAGGGUCGGCCACAGCAGCAGAGCUGCCGGUCCUGCCAGCUUCUGGCCCACAGGAGCCUGCAAGAGCUCCUGGCGCGCACUACAGCGCACUCUACUGGGGUGGAGGUCCUUGACGGGUUGGUAAAGCCGGAGACCAAGGUGGCACCUGUGCCAAACUCAGUAGCUGUGAACCAGCCCUGCGCGCACAGGCACAGCCUGUCGGCCAGCACAUGUGCCCCCCCAACAGAGAACGGACACAAGGAGCACUGCAGCCUCCCAAAGCCAGGGGGCGCCGUCCCUCAUCUUGCUGAUCAGAAUGGUUGUACCCACGGAGAGCCAGAGGCAAAGCUCUCCUUACUAGGAGAGGUCCAGAGUGUGACCCCACCACUCAAGGAGAGGCAUGGUGACGGGCCCCCCAUAUGUAAACCCUCGCAUGGGGACCCCGAUUCUGUCACCGUCCCCUUGGGGAAGGACGAGAAGCACGCCAGGGCCGUGGCCUUCCAGAGCCUGGCCGUGGGGCCGGAGGAGUGCUUCUUCAGUGUGGCCGCGGAGGUGGCCAAGGUGAAAAACAGCCUGUAUGCCGCCACCUCCAGCCUGCCGGUUCCUGGGUGCGCCCGGGUGGCCUACUGCAAGCGGGAGGCAGAGGGCCUGUCCUUCUCCUCCAGCGAGAACUUCAUGUCCAAAAAGGCGGGAGUCGAGCCUAACGCCCCGCACGAGAAGGGCGGGACCGCAAAGCAGCCGCCGCCCCCUGCCGGCAAAUACAAGCUGGCUCUCCUCCCCACCUCCACCUCCCCCUCCUGCCUGAAUGAAUCCAAGCCCUCCCCCAUCUCCUCCCCAUCCCGGCUGCUCAAGUUCCUGAAGAUACCGUCCAUCGGGGACCGGGCGCAAGCUGCCAACCCACUCCGACUCAGCCCCCAGCUGACCCGCAGCUCCAAGAUCCCCUGCAGGAGCAACAACUACGAGGUGUACCUCUCCCCCGCCACCACCAGUAAGGCGGCCUCCACCGCCGAGAGGGCCCGGCAGCCACCCCCGUCCUCCUCCCCCAAAACUGACCUCUAUCCAGCCACUCAUUCCGCGCCCACCUCCCUGCCCAAGGCUGAGGAUGCCAGCGCAGCGCCCACCAAUGAUGGUGGCUACGGCAUUCACUUGGCACCCAAGGCCAGCCAAACCUUGGUGGCGUCACCUGCUUCUCAGACCCAGCCAGCCUGGGGCACCCAGAAGGUUCCGCACUACGAGAACCUUUCUGAGCUGGCUGUCCCCUGCACGACACCUCACUUCCUGUCUGGUCCCGAAUACAAGGAUCCCCUUCAGGAGAAGAGGCUGAGCCCGCCGGGAGAGGAGGGGCCUCGCGGCUUGGCCACACCCACAGAGGCUCCUCCCUGUGACUCCAAACCAGCGGAUCGUGGUGACGGCGAGGAAGGCGCGGCCUGUUACCAGCUCCAUAGCCACCACAGCCUGCCUGUCUCCUCUGCUGUCCACCAAUCCCAGAGCAGCUGCAGUCGAUUCCACACGUCCAGCUCCCAGUCUGUCGCCAAGGGAACCGAGCCGCACCCCGCUCUCGAAAACCCGCCAACGGAGAAGCUCCUGGGCGAGUCCGGCCACCAGCCGUUCCAGGAGCGCCUGGCGGCUCUCGGCAAGCUGAAGAGCGCAGAGGACCUGCGGGUCGACGGGGUGCAUUCUGGGAGCCAGGAGGGCGGGGAGCUGGAGAAGGAGAGCAGGGCCACCGGCAACGAGGAGAGGAGCCAAACCGCAGAGAGGAACAGCGAGCACGACGCAGAGGAAGAAGGGUGUGCCGAGUUCACGGAUUCCCCUGAUGACAGGCCUUGCCCACAGAGUAGCCUCGGGGAGGACCCCGCGAAGCUUCCCGCACCCGGCCUGCCUUACGGACCGGGACCCGGCCUGCCCGCUGUGUCCGCUGGCAGCACGGAGCAGGAGGCCCCCUCUCCCAGGACGUGCGCGACGAUGACGGCCGAGAGCCCGAAGGUCAAGGCGGGGCCGCAGCCGCCGAACCCAGACCCCCCGCAGGUCUUGCGCAACUACGCGAGAGGCGCGGCCACCCAGAACCGCGCCCUCAGCGACAGGGCCGCGUCCGGGCCCCACAGCAGCCCUUCCAAGGCCCAGUGCAAACCGGGCCAGUCCUCUUCCCAGCCCAGAGCUGCGAAACCCUUCCAGGACGAGUGCUCCGCUCCCCCCGUCAGUACUCCCGCCCCCCACCAGAAGCUUCUCUGUAGACCGGAAGACAGGGCCAAGCUUACCGCCAACAGGAAGAAGGGCUUAGCCUAUCUGGAGGGCCCACCGCCGGUCCCGCCGAGGCCAGUGGACGUGGCGGUGGAGCGGAGAGCCCCGCCCGCGGGCCCCCAGUCGGCCAUCGAGCAGAAGGUGAUGAAGGGCAUUGAGGAGAACAUGCUGAGACUGCAGGUGCAGGACCGGGGUCAGCCGGGCGAGACCAAACAGCGGGCCUCCAAUGGCAUCGCCAGCUGGUUCGGCCUCCGCAAAAGCAAGCUGCCCGCGCUCAGCCGCAAGUCGGACGCCGCCAGGCCCAAGGAGGACCGGAGGGAGUGGAGGCUGGUGUCCUCCUCUUCCUCCUCUUCCAGCUCCUCCUUCGGCUCCUUCUCCAAGACCGCGGGCAAGCAGAAGGUGGAAACCGAGGGCCUGAACAUCUCCAAGCUGAUGGAGAAGGCGGAGGACCUGCGCAAGGCCCUGGAGGAGGAGCAGGCCUUUGUCAACGGCGUGGCCCUGGACCGGCCCUCCAGGGGCCACAGCUGCGAGGUGGUGAUGGACCCGGCCCAGGGCCAGCUGUCCGUCAUGUACAGGGGCGUGGCCUCAGAAAACUUCAUGCAGCAGCUGCUGAACAGGGUGGAUGUGAAGGAUGGUGGCGGCGACAUGCUGCCAACACAUCGACGGCUCUCCUUCGACUCCAAGAAGCUGCGGCCCGUCUUUGGGCAGCAGAGGAACGGCAUCGUUGUCCCUGCCAGGAGCAGAGAGGAGGUGGGUGGGGGUGCAGAGCUGGCGAGCAAUGAUGAUGUCACAGCAGACAAGGGCCUGGUGGACUCCAUGAACCGUCAGCGCUUGGCAGGCUGUGGGGCCUCUACACACACCCUGGACAGCGGCAUUGGGACCUUUCCCCUACCUGAUUACACAGGCUGCGCAGCAGUGAAAAGCAUCCCCAUGGCAAGGCCCAGAGGGGAGCACGACUCCCCUGGGAAACAGGGGCCUACGAUGAAGGUUCCACACAAGGCUCGGACCCUGGACAGGGAGCUGACCUCCCUGGAGGAGGUCUGCCCAAAGCAGGGGAACCCAAACUCCACCUCCGACUAUGGCUCUGCCCCGGAGGGCAAGGGUUCAAACUUACACCUGCCUACCACCAUCCACGAAGAUGAAGAUCCUUCAAAGCCCUCUAAGAACUGGACUUUCCCCCACCUGAAGGCGUCCGCGGUUCCCACGGAGAUGUACCUGGGGGUCAACGAGGAGGUCAGGACAGGAGGCCCCAGCAGUCCCUUCAGAAGGCUGUUUGUGACAAGCUGUGACAGGAACCUCCUCUGAAGUGUGAAGCCCUACUGCAGCAGUGCGGCGGCUCACUGACAUGUGCCUCCCCAGGGCGUGGCCAGCCCCCCCCCCCCCUUACCCCCUCCCUUCCUCCCCCAGCUCUGUCCUGUCCCUCUCUGUCCUAAGAGCCUGAACCCUCCUGGCUCUUGCCUGGGCCCUGACUCUGCAGCCUGCUGUCGGCCAGUCAGGGAAAGGGCCGCCCCCUGACGCCUCCAAGGUGGGCGGGGCUGGAGAUGGACCUCUCCCCGGUCUGUUCCCCAGCAGAGAGACCCUCGAGUCCCUCAGGGACUGCUCUACGAGGUGUCUUCCUGCCACACCCAGGGGGGACGCACGGAUGGACAGCGUCUCCUGUCCCUCUGAAACUCCGCCAAAUCGCAAGCCCCCCCACCCGCCCCACCCCCCCAACCCGCCACCCACCCCCCCAUGCCACUCCCAUUUGUCCUGGGCCUGUCAGAAACUUCCCAGCACACCUUAACCCUUUCUCAGACAUUUCUCUUCACUUUGACUGAUGCAUGCACACCAAGCUGAGGGAAGGGACCCAGCCACCAAUAGGCCUUCAGGUCCCAGGUCGCCAGAUCAAGCCAGGUGGGGCUGGGUGGGACAUACAGUACGGCCCAUUAACCGGCCAAACUGGACUACGUCCGCCUGUGGCCCUGGAGCCAAGCUGCUGUCGACCCCGUACAAGACCAAAAGCACUCUUUACACACCUGCUUCCAUCCAGCAGAACUGUCUGGAAUGUCCUGCGGCUGCCCCGCCCCAUUUUCUGGUCAUCUGAUCACGAAGGUUUUCACUGUCAAAACUGGACAAAAACUGCAGAAAGCAAGGAAUCCCUCCAAUGAUAUCUUCUGCCACCUAGAUGUGGAUAAAGACUCCGGUAGUUAACUGCUACACAAAGUGUAUUCCAGUCCCUUUCUCUGUAUUUUUAUUUAAUUAGUAGAUAAUAUAUUAAUAAAAAUAGAUUUAUUUAAGGGGUUUGUAAUUGCUUUGAUUUGAAAUUCUGAAGUGAUUGUUGCCAUUAUCCUUGGUUUCCUUUUUGUUUUAUAAUGAUUUUUUUUAAUGCAAAGAAAGAUAGGAUCUGUUUGCUAUGCACAUUUGCUGUACAGAGUGAGUCUCUGUCUGCUAACUAGCAAAUAAAGAAAAUUUCAUCUGGA